AUGUCAAGCCCAUCCAAACCCGGAGGUCUCAAGCCUGCCAAGGCUCGGCCUUUGCCAGGGCGCCGGGGAGUCUCACCAGCCGCCAACUCGCCCAAGAAGAAGGGAGCCUUUCAUUUCAAGCUGGGCGCUGUGGGGGAUGAUGCCUUGAGCCCGAAGUUGCUCCCGAUGCCCGAGGGUGCCUUUUGUGGCUUCUUUGGGAGCGCCCUCAUGCCUCCAAACGAGGAAACGACAGGACGGUUCUGCACGGAAGGCCCCAAACUCGAGUUUGGUGGCCCCAUGUCACAGGCGGAUACCGGCCCGGCUGUGCGAGCCGGGUUCCUCUGCGCCAGUUUGCAGUUCGCCUACAAAGUGCCAUUGCUCAAGCUGCGACGCUUCUGGUCGACAGGCGAGUUCACCUCAACACAGGCGGAGGACGUGGUCAAGCUGUCAUAUGGCGUGCAGGCGCUGGCGAUGAUGAACCUGGCGCUCCCCCGGCUCGUGGUGGCAGCCUCCAGCUUGCAGACGGGUUUGCGAGAGAUUGUGCCUCCCGUGCAGAUCAGAACCGAAGGGCUGAACGACGAAGAGCUUCAGGCCGCGACGGCCCAUGAAAAGCAGGAAGUCGAAGCCAGGGCCGAGGAGGAACUGCAGAGGCUGGGCAUCACCAUCGAUGACCUCUACAGCGUUGUGCCACACAUGGAGCAGAUGAUCUAUCAAGCGAGUUGCCUUGUGAACUCCUUGCGGCAGCCGCCGCCACCGCCGCCUGUGGUAGAAAUGGUCACCGAACGGCCCUUCGAAACAGGUUUGGCCUGGCGAGUCCUGGGCAUCACGCUUCCUCAAGCUUGGCUCCCCGUCACAAUGAAGCUGCGCCCCGGGCUAGCGCACAGCCAUGGCCCACAGCUGCUUUCUCAAGGGCUCUUAGGGGCUGCAGCGGUGCCCGCGGCUCUUGCGGUGCUUCUGCUCGCCCUGCUUCUUGGGGUCGCGGGCGCGCUCGCCUCGUUCGCGCCGGAGGCCGCCCGGCGCCGAGCGCUGCAGCUGCUCCAUCUUACCACGCUCCUCAGCUACUUUGUCCAGAGCAGCGUGGCCCUUCCAUCCUCCUAUGGCUUAGCCACCUUGUUGGGCUACGGCGCCAGCACCUCCGGCUUCAUUAUCGGCUCUGCCUUCGUGGCGAACUUCCUGGGGGCUUCGUUGCAGGUAAAGCUCCUCACGAAGCCAUGGAUUCAACAGCGGAGUCGCUGGGCCAUUGUGCUAUCAGCAUUUGGCUGUGUGCUUUUGAACCUGCUCUUCGUGGCGAGUGUGUGCUCGACGUGGAGGAAUGAGCUGCGCUUGGCAGCAAUCAUUGCAGCCCGCGUCGGAAUGGGCAUGCUCUGCAUGUUCUCUCCGACCUGGCUGCUGGCCGUGAAAGUCACGCCGGAGCCCGAGCUGGUGCCCUUCAGCCUCGCCGGGGGCAUCGUCUGCAGCCUCGGAGUCGGUGCGGGGCCCUUGCUUGACGCAGCCCUUCGUGGGCUUCUCCCUGAUCUAUCUGAGCUUGAGAGCUAUGCAGCUCCCGCUUGGUGCUUAGCAGGGGUGUGGACUCUGCUGACGCUCGCGUCCUUCCUCUUGGUUCCCCAAGUCCUCGAAGUGACCUCGGAUGGCCCCAAGGAGCAGCCCAGCCCUCCCAGUGACCAGAUCUGCAACCUUGAGGACGUGGACCACUCCAGCAGAGCGCAAGUCUGGGUCACUGCUGCUGCGCUCGGCGUGGAGCGGGCGCUGAUCGUGUCAGCGCUCGAAGCAGCAAGCUCCCUGCUCUUGGAGGCGAAGUACGGUUUCCGGCGCCGCAUCGUGGGUCUCGCCGUGGGGUCGACCUUCCUCUUCGGCACCCCCUUGAUGGCCUGCCUUGGCUUGCUGCAGCCGGGUCGGGGCUCGGAUGCUGCCAUGGUCUGCGCGCUGACGCUGUCGACCUUGCUGAUUUCCCUGCUCUUCUUUCCGGAGAUCGGUCCUGCAUUUGGGGGCGUGCCGGGCUAUUGGCCAAUCCUUGUUGCGGACAGCCUGCUUUUUCCGAUGGCCUACACGGCCAGCGGCAUCGCGGAAGGAAUCCUGCUGCAGCAUUCCAAGCCUGGAUCGCUCUUCUCAGCAGAAGUCAUGGUCAUCGUGGACGCCCUCUUGCAAGACAGCGUGGCCCGUUUCUUGAGUCCUGCCCUGGCGCGCGGGAUGAUUGAUGGGCCGGGCGGCCAGGAUGCCUACGCCCUCAUGCAGGUGGCGCUUUGCGCAGUCUCCUGCAUUACCAGCUUUCACUUGUACCGCCUUCUGACCCGGGAGAAGGAACCAUAG